AUGUCCCAACCACCGCACCAGGAUCCGUUCGCGGACAAGCCCGUUCGUGGCCAUGGCCAGCUACACUUUGAGGAACCUGUUCGCAGCGCGGGCCCCAGCCGCGAUCCCAGCCCGUACCAGAGCACCGUCUCCCUUCCCCAGGUCGGUUUCAAUCAGCAAGACUACAACGACGAUGAAUACGUCGAGAAAUUGCCUCUGACCGCCGGCGAGAACUUCAGUGGCGGCUUCUACCCACCGGGGCCGGUCGACCCUGAUGAAUUUGGCGAUCCGUACGCCACUGGCCGCCCAACAUCGGUCGCGUCUUCGAGCACGAACGGGGUGGACAGCGCGUGGCGUCGCCGCCAGACGAUCAAGCGCGGUGUGACCCGCAAGGUCAAGCUCACGAGCGGCAACUUCAUCACCGAAUACCCUGUGCCGACCCCGGUCUUUACUGCGGUGGAGAGCAAAUGGUCGCAGACAAACACGACGGAGUUCACGCAUAUGCGGUACACCGCCGCAACCUGCGACCCCGAUGAUUUCUCGGAGGCGAAUGGCUGGUCCCUGCGCACGAAGCUGUACCGCCGUCAGACCGAACUCCUGAUUGCGGUUACAUCCUACAACGAGGACAAAACGCUCUAUGCGCGCACCCUUCACGGUGUCAUGCUGAACAUCCGAGACAUAUGCAAGACGAAGCAAUCCAAGUACUGGCGGCGCUCCGCCGAGGAAGGCGUUCCUAGCUGGCAGAAGAUCACCGUCGCGCUCAUCGUCGACGGUCUUGAUUCCAUGGACAAGACAGUCCUUGACCUCCUCGCCACCGUUGGUGUAUACCAAGAUGGUGUCAUGAAGAAGCAGGUCGACGGCAAAGGCACCGUGGCGCACAUAUUCGAAUACACGACCCAGCUCUCCGUCGACCCGACACCGCAGCUCAUCCUUCCUCAAGCCGAUGAUGCGAACAACCUUGUGCCUGUGCAGAUCAUUUUCGUUCUCAAAGCUCAGAAUCAGAAGAAGAUAAACUCCCACCGCUGGCUCUUCAACGCUAUCGGUCGCAUGCUCGAGCCCGAGAUUUGUGUCCUCAUCGAUGCCGGUACCAAACCUGGCCACAAGUCUAUCUUCUACCUUUGGGAGGCGUUCUACAAUAACGCCAACCUCGGCGGCGCUUGCGGCGAAAUUCAUGCAAUGAUCAAGGGCGGCAAGAAACUCCUCAAUCCCCUCGUCGCUGCGCAGAACUUCGAGUACAAAAUGUCGAAUAUCCUGGACAAACCUCUGGAGAGCAGUUUCGGAUAUGUUUCCGUAUUGCCUGGUGCCUUCUCCGCUUAUCGCUAUCAAGCCAUUCAAGGACGUCCCCUGGAGCAGUAUUUCCACGGUGACCACUCGCUUGCGGAUCGUCUGGGUCCCAAGGGUAUCUACGGCAUGAACAUCUUCACGAAGAACAUGUUCUUGGCUGAGGAUCGUAUCCUCUGCUUCGAACUGGUGGCGAAGGCUGGUGCGAAGUGGACCCUGACAUACGUGAAGCCAAGUAAAGCCGAGACCGACGUCCCGGAAUCCGCCGCCGAACUCAUCGGUCAGCGUCGGCGAUGGCUCAACGGAUCUUUCGCUGCGUCGGUGUAUGCUAUUGUGCACUUCUUCAGGUUCUACAAGUCCGGCCACAACCCGAUUCGCAUGUUCUUCUUCCACAUUCAGGCUAUUUACAACAUCUUCUCCUUGGUCUUCUCCUGGUUUGCCCUCGCCAAUCUCUGGUUGACGUUCAGUAUCAUUAUCGAUUUGAUACCGAAUCUGAAGCAAGAUAAACACAACUUCUUUGGAACAGAAGACAUUACGCAUUGGGUCAAUCUUGCGCUGAAAUGGGUGUACUUGACUUUCCUGGUCCUUCAAUUCAUCCUUGCCCUCGGCAACCGGCCCAAAGGCGAGCGAGCGGCUUACGCAAUCACACUCUGGGUCUAUGCUAUUCUCGCAGGUUAUUUGAUAGUUUGCUCGUUCUACCUGACGGCUGUGUCCUUCAAAACUGUAAUCAAGCUUCUCAAAACCGAAACCGCUUCGCAAGUCGUAACGUCUUUCUUCAAACCGCCAAUUGGACCCCUAGUCGCUGCUCUUGUAUCCACCUUCGGCAUUUACUUCUUAGCAUCUUUCCUUUACCGGGACCCUUGGCACAUGUUUUCUAGCUUCAUUCAAUACUUGCUGUUAGCUCCGAGCUUUACGAACGUCCUCAAUGUUUACGCGUUCUGCAACCUUCACGAUGUUUCAUGGGGCACAAAGGGAAGUGACAAGGCAGAGGCACUGCCAUCGGUCGCUUCGAAGAAAACCAAGGACGAGGCGGAGGCUGUCAUCGAAGAUACUGAACGUACUCGAGAGGAUCUCGAUGCCGUCUUCAAGGAGACUGUUACACGUGCUGUCACCAAGGUCCAGGUCAAAGAAGUCCCGGAAAAGCCUACCAUGGACGAUGAAAACAAGACAUUCCGCACCCGUCUGGUGGCUAUGUGGAUGUUCACCAAUGCUGGACUUGCUGUUGCUAUCGAAAACCUCAAUGGCCUACACAGUGGAGAGAGCGAUGCACAACAGGACCAGGACCUUGAAGACAAGCAAUCGACGUAUUUCACGAUAAUCCUGUACUCCACGGCUGGCCUUGCCUUCGUCCGCUUCACUGGGUGCCUGUUCUACUGGUUCAAGCGCAACCUCUUCCGCUUUUGCCGGAGGAACUAA